AUGCUUUUGGCACCCACAUUAAGGCAAUUGUCAAAACGUGCAUUUGUUCCUAGAACCUUAUACCGUUCUCGUUCGGAUGUGGCGUUUGUGUUCGAUAUAGAUGGAGUGCUUAUGAGAGGAUCAAAGCCGAUUCCACAGGCUCACGCAUCGCUCGAUCUCCUUAACAAAAACAAAAUCCCAUUCAUUCUUUUGACCAACGGCGGUGGUGUUUCUGAAAAAUCGAGAGUCGACUUUCUCUCCGAACAGCUUCAAAUCGACUUAUCGCCUCUCCAGAUUGUCCAAAGCCAUACACCAAUGAGAGUCUGGGCUCAAGAGGGCAAAUACAAAAGGGUGCUUGUUGUUGGCGGAAACGACGAUAAAGCUCGGUACGUGGCGGAGGAUUACGGAUACAAGGACGUGGUGGUGCCUAUGGAUAUCGUGAAACUGGAUCCUGCUGUUUCUCCACACCACAGGUAUCUGGAGGAGCAAUUGGCCACAAUGGCCCGUAAUGUGGAUUUGAGCACUCCGUUUGAUGCUGUUUUGGUCUUUAACGAUCCCAGGGACAUGGGCACGGAUUUGCAGAUCGUGAUGGAUCUUCUCAACUCGAAAAACGGUAUUGUCGGGACCAAGAGAGGCCUCGACGAGCGUUCACCAAAGCCUUCGGUGCCAAUUGCAUUCAGCAACAACGACUUUGUAUGGGCCAACGACUACGUUUUGCCUCGUUUCGGUCAGGGAGCUUUUAGAAUGGUGGUGGAGCGUCUCUAUGCCGAAAUGAAUGACUUGAGGCCUGAACAGAACCUCGAACUGACCAUCUUGGGCAAACCUUUCCCUGUUCAGCACGAUUACGCCCAUUGGGUACUUAUUGAGUGGCACAAAAUCAUUCACGGCCACAAAGACCACGGGUUUAUUCCUAAAUUGCACGUCAGGCCCGAGAAUUCGCCAUUUUCAGAAAUCUACAUGGUGGGCGACAAUCCAGAGUCUGAUAUUGCCGGUGCCAAUGCUUGUGGAUGGCGAUCUGUUUUGUUACGGACGGGUGUUUUCAAGGACGAUGACUGGGCGGUGAUAAAGCACAAGCCUAAUGUUGGGGUGUUUGACAAUGUUCUAGAAUCAGUCGAGCACGUACUCAACAAACAAUGA